AUGGAAAACUUUCGGGGUUUGAAGUUCGCCACGAAGGCGCCAAAAGGAAGCAGCGCCUACGGAAAGGAGGACGGAAUCGAGGUGAAGUUCGACAGGAAGGAAGACGAAAACUUUGUGUACUCGUCGUACGAGCAUGUAGAGACGCAAGUGCAGAAGAAGUCGAGCAGCAAUAAUGGUGGAACAGUUGGUGCGGGGGGACAGGUGACGUUCUCCUGCAAGAAGGUGAGCACGAACUACGAAAUCAAGGUAGAGAAAAUGAAGGAAAAAAAACUGGGGGUCCUAUUAAUUGGCAUAGGAGGAAACAACGCCACCACGUUGUUAGGGGGAAUCUGCGCAAACGCAAAAAAACUAACGUACACAAAUAAGUACGACGUGAAGAAGGCCAACUAUUUGGGUAGUGUAUUUCUCUCCUCUAAUGUAAGGCUAGGUUAUGACGCGAAGAGUAGGGAACAUUCCUACUGCCCGAUACACAAGCUAAUUGAGGUGUACAAUCCUGAAAAUAUCACCUUCGGAGGAUGGGACCUUAACAACCUGAACUUAAAAGAUUGUCUGGUGAGGAACAAAGUAUUUGAACAGGACUUGGUGGAAAAAAUAAAAGACGACAUGAAUUACGUUCCACUGAAAAGUGUGUACUUUAAGGGAAAUUUCAUUGCAGCUAAUCAACAGAAGAGAGUGAACAAUAUUCUUGUGGGAAAGAAUAAGCUAGAAGUUCUGGAAGAAGUGAGAAAACAAAUUUGCUCCUUUAAGAAGACCAACAAUUUAGACGAAGUAAUUGUCCUAUGGUCUGGGAACACUGAGAAGAAUAUUGCACACAUUGAAGGGGUGAAUGAUACAUAUGAAAAUAUUCUCUUAGCAUGUAAGAAUAAUCACCCGUCUGUUUCCCCAAGUAUUGUGUAUGCCUUGGCGUCUGUUUUGGAAAACUGUCCCUUUAUUAAUAGCAGUCCCCAGAAUACUCUCGUCAAUGGUGUGGUACACCUUGCUCAGGAGAAGGGCAUUUUCAUCGUCGGCAAUGACUUGAAGACGGGCCAAACGAAGAUCAAGAACUUCCUCCUGGACUUUUACUUCGGCACUGGCCUGAAGCCCAAGAGUAUCGUCUCGUACAACCACCUCGGAAACAACGACGGAAAGAACCUCUCCUCUGACCUCCAAUUUUACAGCAAGAAAAUUUCCAAGAGUAAUCUCAUCUGUGAUUACGUGAAGGCCAACGAGCAUAUGUAUGCAGACGAAGAAGAGGAAGCAGCCCUGUCGAAUAAGUUCACGAAUCAGAGUGGAGACUACUGCAAGGGAGACAGUCUGCUGUCCACCUCCACGGAUGUCUCAGACCUGCAAGCAGAUUACGCAUAUGUAGACGCAAUAGAAAACCAGAAGGUUAACAGCGAGAUUGUUAUAAAGUACGUUCCCUACGUAGGAGAUGAUAAGAAAGCCAUCGAUGAGUAUAUCAGUGAAAUAUUUAUGAACGGAAAAAAUACCAUUUCGUUGUACAAUGUUUGCCAAGAUUCUCUUCUAGCUUCUCCCAUUUUAAUUGAUCUAAUCCUAUUGGUGGAAUUGUCUCAGCGGGUUUACUUCAAGGUCGAAGAUAAGCAACCCGAUCAACGUUGGGGGGAUUAUCAACUGACUCACACCAUUGUUAAGGAGAAAUAUCCUGAGUUUAAAAAAAUGGAAUGUGUUCUCUUCCUGUCCAGUCUUUUUUGUAAAUCUCCUUUCAAUUCAAGUGUGUACAAAACGAGACACUCCUUCUUUUCCCAGUUGGAAAGUCUCUGCAAUUAUGUGCGAGUUAUUUGUGGCCUCCCCGUGGACGAUCACCUGGACCUCCCCUACAUGAUCUGA